AAUAAUGAUUUUAUAUGAAAUAUGUUCAAAUAUGUAUAUUGGAAGUUUUGAAGGAUUUUUACAUGAAAUUGAGAAGAAAGAGCAUGAGAUUACACAUGUUAUAGGGUUGGUAUCAUUUAAAGAUAAGAGAAAAUUAAUAGGAUAUAAAUCAAUAUUUUUUGAAAUUAAUGAUGAAUCUGAUGAGAAUAUUAUUCAAUAUUUUCCAGAAGGGAUUAAGUUUAUUGAGGAAUGUUUUAAUAUGGAUGAAAAAAAUAAAAUAUUAAUUUUUUGUCAGGCAGGAAUAUCACGUUCUACAACUAUUGCAGCGGCUUAUUUGAUGAAAAAAAGGAAUAUAUCAAAAGAAGAAGCAAUUUUAUGUAUAAAAAAAGUUCAUCCAAAUGCAGAACCUAAUCCGGGUUUUAUACAGCAAUUGCAGUUAUUUUAUGAUUGUAAAUAUGUAUUGAGUAAUGAAACAAAGUUAUAUAGACAAUGGCUAUAUAAACAUAAGAUUCAUUCAUCAUUACAAGAGAAGAAAGCACCUGUUAUUUCUUUAUAUUGUCAAAAUGAGUCUAUACGAAGUGAUCAAAUACAUCUUCAGUGUAAAAAGUGUAGAGUUGUUUUAGCUAAUUCUAACUGUAUUAUUGAUCAUAAACCACCUCAAUCAUUUAUUGAAUGUAGUCAUUUUUUUUUGGAACCAUUAACAUGGAUGAAAAAUGAAUUAGAUAAUGGAAAUAUAGAAGGGAAAUUAAAUUGUCCUAAAUGUAAUUCAAGAGUAGGGAAAUACGCAUGGCAAGGUAUGCAUUGUAGCUGUAAAGAAUGGGUUACGCCGGCUUUGAGUAUACAAAAAAGUAAAAUUGAUGUAAUAAAAAAGGAAUUAACAAAAUAAUUUUACAGUAUUUUUAAAUAAAUAAAUUUAAGUUUAUUAAUAAAC